GUUUGGCUAGUGGUGAAAUAUAGCCCGGUAAUCCUCUUUUCCCUUAUAAACUGUGAUUUCUAUGGCAGUAAAGCAGCAGGCGAUAUAAUUAAAAAUGUCAUGCAAAUGGGAGCCACCAAACAUUGGCGUGAGGCUAUGGAAAAGGCUACGGGUGAUAACGUUUUAAGCGGCAAAGGCGUAAUGGAGUAUUUUGGUCCUUUAUAUGUAUGGCUUAAGGCACGCAAUAAAGAAUUGGAUAUACAAAGUGGUUGGGAUGAUGAUCCAAAUUGCGGUAGUAAUUAAACAAAUACAAGCAAGCAAGCACACUUAUACAUUUACAAAAAUAAUAAUUACAUUUUAAUUACAAAUUGUUUUUUUAACCAGAUAUGCGAACAUAUUAUUUAAGAAAAAAAGAACAUAAUUAAUCAAUGGUAUUUUACUUACACAUAUAAAUAUUUAUAGUAAAUGAUAUUGAAUAAAAUAUAUAAAAAAUGGAAUUUUAAAUUUUGGAUACAAUUGAACUUUUUAACAUAAAG